AUGUUCCCCGUCCUCAAGAUUAGUGUCACGGGGCUGGACCCCAAUGCCAUGUACUCCCUCCUGCUGGACUUUGUCCCCACGGACAGUCACCGCUGGAAGUACGUCAAUGGGGAGUGGGUGCCCGCAGGCAAGCCAGAGGUCUCCGGCCACAGCUGCGUCUACAUCCACCCGGAUUCCCCCAACUUCGGGGCCCACUGGAUGAAAGCUCCCAUCUCCUUCAGCAAAGUCAAGCUGACGAACAAGCUCAACGGAGGUGGGCAGAUAAUGUUGAAUUCUCUGCAUAAAUAUGAGCCCCAGGUUCACAUAGUGCGUGUUGGAGGUGCCCAUCGAAUGGUGAUGAACUGCUCCUUCCCUGAAACCCAGUUCAUAGCUGUGACGGCCUAUCAGAACGAGGAGAUAACAGCUCUCAAAAUCAAGUACAACCCUUUUGCCAAAGCCUUCUUGGAUGCCAAGGAAAGGAAUCACCUCAAAGAUGUUCCGGAAGCCGUCUCUGAGAGCCAGCACGUGGCCUACUCUCACCGUGAGUUGGGCGAACACUGGGUGGGAUGCGCCUGGGGGGCACUGGGACCCAUUGCCCACCACACUCAGACGCUACCUGUCAUGAGUGCUCAUGGCCUGUUCCAGAGCUUCUCUCAAGACUCAACAGGUUAUUUCUUCCACUCGAGACAAGUGUAUGCCCUUUCCAGAAUUCCCAGAGAGAACUGGUGCUCCUGA